CGUGUAAAAGAUAUUAGACAGUAGUGUCCAAGAUCAAUACUCUUCUUUUUACAUCACAUAUAAAAGUAAUCAUCAAUUAUUAUUACUUUUAGGCAUAUAUCCACAUUCGUACUCGAUACACUAUAAAAGUUGUCACCAAAUUUCGAUACUGAUCAAUAUUAAUUACAUCUGCAUAAAAUAUGACGAUAUGAAAAGAGGUAUUUCAAUAAAACAACCUCUUCUUCGUUUGUACGAUUUAGAAACGAAUAUUUUGGGAACGACAAAUAGUCGUACCUAAUAUAUAGUCGUCCCCAAUAGUUCUGUAUAAUAGAAACCCUAGUUUUUGUUCUCUGCUCACACCACGAAACCAAUUCCUCCGCCUCCCAUCGUGAGAAUCGACCCCAGACCCCGAAAUCGACGUCUCGAACCGUGAAAUCGACAUCUCCAUUCCCAAAAUCAUCAACCUCAACCCCCAAAAUCGACAUCCCCAUUCCCAAAAUCAUCAAACUCAACCCCAAAAUCUUUAUUCCCCUAAAUAUUUUCUAGCCCGUGGAACUUCAAUUUCUCCGCCGGCGCCGGAGAUCUAAAAGAAGUGGGUGUCUCUUUCGGCAGUGGUUUUGUUCUUUCUUGCCAGUUUCAUUUUCCGUCGAGCAUUAAAUGUCUGCAGAUAUUGCUAGCUAUCAUAGCGGAGAUAGUGAUGAUAACUCGUCAGAUCCUAUUGUUGUCCCCAACACAUCUUCCAAAAAGAGGAAAGCUCGUGGUCAAAAUGUUCUAGUUGAUCUAGAGGAAAGAAGAGCUAAAUCUUCAGUGCCACUGCCUUUAGAGGUGGAUGUGGUUUCUUCUAAAAUAGUGGGAAAGGAGAGUAUAACUUUCCCUCGAUUGAUAGGAAGAGAGGUUAGAUUGCAUGUACCAGGAUGGUACCAUAGUUGGGCAAGUGUUCCUCAACAACAUCAAGACUUAGUCCUUAGUAGAGUUAAGCACUAUUACGAGAUCGACAACAAUGAACAUGCAUCGACGAUUUUACAAAUUACAUUAGCUGAGAUGGCUGAUAAAUAUAAAAAAAGAAAGAGCUUAAGACACGCUCAUUUCAAAAAAUUCUACAAAAAGCCAGAAGAUUUUGAACAGGCUGUAGAUAACCCGCCUAAUGAUGUUAACGCAGAACAUUGGCGACAAAUUUGUCAAUUUUUUACGAGUCCUGAGUUUAUUGCUCGUUCUCAACAAAACAAAAACAAUCGAGAAAAGAGCAAGUACCCUACAACACAAGGAUCAAAAUCAUUAGCAGGAAUGCGUUCUGAAAAUCGCAACGUUGGCUACAUUGAAACGUGGAAAGAAGCUCAUAUAAAUAAAAAGACGAAGACUUUUGUCAAUGAGAAUGCUCGACGAGAUUAUGAACGGUUGAAGGCAGCUUAUGAAAAGCGAGCUAGUAUUCCUAAUUCUGGACCAGUUGAUGAGAUUGCGAUACUUCGUGAGGUGCUUGGUGAAAGGCGCGGCCACAACCGAGGAGUAGGUCGCAAAUUGAAGGGCCAAUCCUCAACUCAUCGCACUCAGCCCGUACCUACUCAACAAAUGCCAAUGGACCCAAGAGUGGAGCGAGAGCUUGCUAGAUUGAGAAGAAAAAUCCAACACAUGAGUCAGAAGUUGGCACCUGAGGAUCGCCUACCAUCCGAUGAUGAGAUAGUUGACAUGGGUGCAACACAUCCAAUUGGGCCAUCUCAAACACACAUGUCGGUAGAUGGAUCUAGUUCGUCUUCUCAGCCUAUGGCUACUCAAUAUCAGCAGUCACAACAAACUCCUCUUCCCCUCAUGUUUCCUUUCAUGUUUGGACAACCGUCAUCUUCUCAACAGAUGUCACCAUUUACUUGGCCAAUGACACCAAUGUCGCAGAUGCAAAUGAUACAAAUGAUGAUGCAAAUGCAACAGAUGUGGCAAAUGAUGCAGACUCAGCAAUUUCCGCAAAUGAUGCAGACACAACAAAUGCAACAAACAUUGCAGAUGAUGCAGACACCGCAAAUGCAACAAACACUAUGUAUGCCAAAUAUUCUACAUCAACAAAUUCAAGGGAAUAAGGAUGAUGAUGAUGAGGAGGAGGAAGAGGAAGAGGAAGAGGAAAAUGAAGAAAAUGAGGAGGAAGAUGAGGAGGAGGAGGAGUAAUCUACACAUUUGGAAUGUUAGCACUAUUGUUUACUUUGAAACUCUCAUGGUUUUUACAUUUUCAAUUACUGGAAAGCACCAAAUUAAAUGUUGUAACUAAUAGUGACUUUCAUAUCGUGCCUAAAACUUUAUUAGCAUGAAAAUAGGUACUUUCAGAAACAACAAA